AUGUAUUAUCACGAACGUUUUUGUCAAUGGUUAGGGCAUUUAAAACUGUCCCGUGUAAUAUUAUUAGUUUUAGUUAUAUUAUUUGUGGUGCCUCUGUUUACACAUUACUACUUGUCUAAGUAUGAUGAAUCAGGUGCACUGGCAAGUAAUCCCAUGCGACAUACUCUAGAGGUGCUUGGUGACAUGUCAACCAUGAAUGCUGCUGACCUGAAGCUAAGGAUUGAAGAAAUGCUCAGAAUUAAGGCUUCAGUAUCUACUGAACUACGUGAAUUGGAAGCCAAACGCGGAAGGCUCCAACGUGAAGCUGCAGCUGCUAGUGCAAAAGCUGAUAGCGCCAAAGCCGAGCACGCGCGUGCGGCCGCCGAAUUACAGCGCUUGCGUGUGUCGGCUGACCAGGCGCGCCUUGCUCAGCUUGAGGCAAUACGUCGAGAUUCGCCAGAACUUGCCCCUCCAACGCAAAUAGUUCCUUCUCGUCCACCUCCUAUCCUACCUCCAAUGAGUCCAGACACGGAAGUACAUUGUCGUAUGUUUUCCUGUUUCGAUCAUUCUCGUUGUUCGUUAACAUCAGGAUUUCCUGUCUACCUUUACGAUCCUGACGUCUUUGCACCGUUGACAGGCGCCGAAGUUGAUGGUUUUCUUAAAACUACUUUACGACAAACAUUAGGAUACAACACGCACAUAACGAAUAAUCCAAAUGAGGCGUGCGUCUUUCUAGUCAUUAUGGGCGAGGCAUUUCCUUUUCACAAAACAUCCUCGAAUACUGGAGAUACUUACAAACUAUUAUUGAAUGAGACGGCAGUCAAAAACUUGCCUUAUUGGGGCGGGGAUGGCCGUAACCACAUUCUGUUAAAUAUGGCUAGACGUGAUUUAUCAGUAGGUUCCGGCGACGCUUUCAGAGGAGCGUCGACAGGACGAGCUAUGAUCGCUCAGUCUACAUUUACGCAUGAACAGUUUCGACCAGGAUUUGAUAUAGUAACACCGCCUGCGCUCGGUCCUCCUGGAGGUGAUGUGUGGUCCGAUUGCGCACCAAUAGCGCCCGCUCGAAGGAAAUAUUUACUGAGCUUUCAGGGUUCUCAACCACCGCCGAAAGGAGUAGACAAGGAUCACGAUAAAUCCUUGAUAGAGGCGUUGCAAAAAAUGGUCAGCAUCGCGCCCUCUACGGACUUGUUUUUACUGCAGUUUGAGUGCGAUCCUCCUGUUGAGAAACGAGCCAUACUUCCAAUUGGCGACUGGGCUCUUUGUGGAACCGAUCGAUCUCGCCGUGCAGUAUUGAGAGAUUCGACUUUCGCUCUUGUGCUAGCACCAGCGGAUCGUACUUAUGCUUCAACUGCCCUGCUCCAGGCCAGAAUGUACGAAGCACUCAGAUCUGGAGCAAUCCCAGUGUUGCUGGGUGGUGACAGCAUUCGGCUACCCUAUGAUGAGGUCCUUGACUGGCGACGAGCUGUAUUAUCAUUACCAAGAGCACGAGUUCCCGAAUUACACUUCCUACUUCGCGCAUUAGGUGACGCUGAUCUUCUGGCGCUGCGACGACAAGGCCGCGUUCUGUGGGAACGCUACUUAAGUUCAGUUCAAGCAACAGUGGACACUUUAUUAGCAACUGUUAGAACGAGGCUACAUAUACCUCCGCGUCCCGCGGUGCCCACGUCAGCCACGCCCGCCUUUAACGAUUCAUUUACUCCACCCCGUUUAGAACCACCAGCGGUUGACGCUGAGCCAGAAGAAACUUUAGGGCCCUUAGAAGCACCUUACGCAAGCCCAGCAUAUAGACGAAAUUACUCUGUAGCGUUACUACAUGGCUAUGAGCUCUGGAACGAAUGGGGGGAACCAUUUGCUCUAUUUCCUCAGUUACCCUGGGAUCCUGUUGUGACAUCGGAGGCCAGGUUCCUGGGUUCUGCGGCAGGAUUCAGACCUGUGGGAGCGGGUGCUGGGGGCUCGGGACGUGAGUUCAGCGAAGCACUUGGAGGUGACCGUCCCCGUGAACAGUUUACUAUAGUGAUACUUACGUAUGAAAGGGAAGCUGUAUUGGCAGCCGCAUUAGCGAGGCUUCGGGGGUUGCCGUACUUGAAUAAGGUUGUAGUAGUGUGGAACGGCCCGUCGUCCCCAAGUGCUAUGACGUCGUGGCCUGAAAGCGGAGCGCCCAUAGCAGUCGUUCGGGCGACACGCAACUCACUUAACAAUCGCUUUCUGCCAUAUCAUCUCAUAGAUACUGAGGCCGUACUCUGUGUGGAUGAUGACGCUCAUCUUAGACAUGACGAGAUUGUUUUUGCAUUCAGAGUGUGGCGAGAGCAUCGUGAUCGAAUCGUCGGCUUCCCAGGUCGAUACCACGCCUGGGAUCUCAACUUCAACAAUGGUUUUCUUUAUAACUCCAAUUACAGCUGCGAGUUAUCGAUGGUCCUGACGGGCGCCGCGUUCGUUCACCGCUACUACCUGUGGGCCUACUGGCGCACGUUGCCGGCCGCCAUACGGGACUACGUCGACGAGUUCAUGAACUGCGAGGAUAUUGCCAUGAAUUUCUUAGUUUCACACAUCACUAGGAAACCACCAGUCAAGGUGACGUCACGGUGGACCUUCCGAUGUCCCGGGUGUCCGGUAACAUUAUCUGCAGAUGAGACCCACUUCCACGAGAGACAUAAAUGUAUACAGUUCUUCUCACAGGUAAUGGGCUACACGCCUCUUCUAUCGACGCAGUACCGCGCAGAUUCAGUGCUCUUCAAGACGCGGAUACCGCACGACAAACAGAAAUGUUUCAAGUUCAUUUAA